CCUUUGAAUAGUCUCCCUUGUAGAGAAUGCCUAGUUUCGAUUUCUAAAAAUAGAACAUGACUAGAAGGGACUUUCCGCUAUGGUCGCCAUUUUAUAUGUUUCAUGUAAUUUCUUUACUGUUUUGUUUCUUCCCGACAUGUAAUUGGUAACAGAUCAGCGAAUUCUGACCCGGAGCAGUGCGAUACCACAAAGACCGCAUCAUUGAAUUUCUCACGUCCCUAAGUCGGCUGAAAUGAGUGGCCUCUCCCAUGGAUCAGGCAGCCAGCCUGCAUCAGGAGGCCUCGUUGGGAGUAUAGCAGGAGGAUUCGAACUUAUUGGAUCAGGUGUGGGAAUGGCUGGUGGAGCUGGUGUAUCUCCCCCAACCAGCAACAUUGGCGGCUUGAGCAUGACCGAUGUAACUCUGGAACAGGCACUGCUGCGUAUGCAAGAUAUGGCACGAGAAAAUGCAGAGCUGAGAGAUUACUUAAAAGAGAACAAUGAAAUGAUGAAAAAACAAUUUGAAACACUUUCCCAGUGGAAACAACGUGUUCAUGAUGCUAAUGUAAUGAACCGUGAAAAGUUUGAGCAGACCCGCGCCCUCAUUACAUCGCUACGUGAAGAAAACAAGGAACUCCAAAAGAAAAUCAAAGAGUAUGACAACAGAGAGGAUGCACAAAAUGGGAGAAUCAAAACACUGGAAUCGGAGUUGAGUUCCAUCAAGUCAGCAAAGGCUUUCAGUGACCAACUGGCAUUUAAUGUGGUCAAACAAGCUGAAGAAAAAGGUGUUGAGUUUAGAGAUGACGAGAUGCACAUGAAGGACACAGUGUACGUUGCUAGUGUGGAGAAAGAGGAGCGGAUUUUGGAACUUGAGGCUGAUGUAACCAGCCAAAUUCAGGAAAUAGAGAAGCUGAAGGAAAGACUGUCCCAUCUGGAGCAUGAGAACAGCCAGUUUCGACAAAACACUGAACAGCUUCUAAAGGAUCUGGAAAAUACUCAGAACUUGAAGCAGCAGAUUCAGCAAGAAAACCAGGAGCUGAGGCAGGAGACAGUCAACCUCCAGCUGCAACUGCAGUCCAUGCUGGCCGAGACCAAAAAUAGCCUGAAGCAAAAUCCUGUUUCUGACUUGGCUGUCUACACCCUCCGCGGAACGCAGAAGGCAGACGGGGUCCCUGGAUGUUCUGAAAUACCGAUGUCCUUGAUGGACAACGGGCUAGAGGAAAAGGGCAGUAACCCCCAGCCACACACUGCUGAUUAUUGGCAUGAAGGAUCGGUAGCAGUGACCGUUGAGGUGGAAAAGUUACGUACUCAGCUACACAAUGAGCAGCUGCAGGUGCAAUUGCUGACUGCAGGGAACGAUGACUGUCAGAGACAGAUCUCUGAGUUCAAGGGACAAGUGGAACAACUGCAGCGUUUGCUUGAUGAGCUUCAGAAGGAGCAUGCUGAGAAGAUUGUUCAACUAAAUCAUGAGCACAAAGUCCAAGUAGAAAAAUUUGAACAUCAGAGAUCUGAAGAAGUCUCACAAGCCAAUCAACAGAGCCUUCAAGCUACCUACACAGGUGAUGUACAAACCUUGCGCAGCCAGGUCCUGACACUCAUUAAUGAGGUCCACGAGACACAAAACAAGCUAACGGCUGCCCAGAAGAGCAUUGAGGGAAAGAAUGCAAGGAUAAAAGAGCUGGAGAGUUAUACGUCACAGAUGAUGGAGGACUCACAUCAGGGCAUGCAGCAGAUGCAGCAGAAGUUGGCUGUAAUGGAGAGACAUUUUCGUGAUGAACAGCAGGCACACACUACAACUAAGCAUCAGAUGAAUGAUCUGCGUGUGUCCUUUAACCAGCUGAUAUCAGACUAUAAAGAAGUGCUGGACACCUUUGACCAAUAUAAAUCUGACCAGGAGAGGCGCACUGCACUUGGAGAGAAUCAGCGUGAAUUGAUGGACAAAAUCGACUACUUAACAGUUCAGCUGGUGGCCACAGAGGAGACAAUCAACCAUCAAGAGGAAAAAAUUGCCAAGUUACAUGAAGAGUUACAAGAGAAGGAGGAGACACUGACAGUGUUUCAAGCCCAGGCGGAGGUGUUCAAGUCUGAUUUUUCUGCGGAGCGGGACGCCCGUCAACAGCUAGCAGCAGAGCGCGACCGGCUGAUCUCUGAGCUGGGGGCUGUUCAGCUGCAGAACCAGGGACUGGUUGACCAGCUUACGGCUUAUUCGCAACGCCAGCUUGCUGAGAUGCAGCUUCGAGCAAGUCAUGGUGCUGGACCUUCUGGGUACCACCAACAGAACUACACUUCCAGGAAUUUUGGCUCCCAUCAUGGGGCUGCUGCAGUUUCUGGCAUGAACAGAUUGGGAGGGGAUAGCAGUCGACAGCAAGGGCCGAACUUUCUUCAGGGGGGUCAAAGUGCGGCACAAGCUGCCCAGAAUUAUGGGGCAGGAGGACAGAAUGUUCACACUGCACAGCAUGAGAAUGCCGAGAGUGCUCUGCCCAGAGUGCCACAGAAUCAUUAUGGAUAUCAGUUACAUGGUCCUCUGCCCACCUCUCGCAGCCACCAACAGCCACGUCAGCACGAUGAGGAAGAGCAGCAGAUUUUUCAGUGUCCGUCUUGCCAGCAGUUUCUACCAGACUAUGAUACUCUCAAUCUUCAUGUGCAAGAAUGCUUGGAGCUGCAAUCAACAGAGACUGCUCGCACUUAGUUUAGAGUUGUGCUUGUGUGCAGAUUUGUGUACAUGUAAAUUCGAAAAAAUUGUGUGUGUGCAUGCGUGCGCUUGUGUGCAGGGAAAGGUGGCAGGGGGAGGGGUGGUCAGUUCAUAAAUAUGUGCGUGUAUAUAUGUAUAUAUAAUUAUGUACAAAUGUCUUAAAUUACUAUUCUGUUUAGGGUCAUCUGGUUCAUGUUUUUAGUCAUGUGAAUCUUCAAAUACUGUUGCUGCUUUAAAAUUAAAACCUACAUUUUAUUUAUAUACUUUACUGUCAUCAGUAACAACUCUUUUCUCCAUGAACUGUCGUUUUCUUUCAUUAUUUGAUUUUAAUUUUCAGACAGGAGCCUGCUUGUCUCACAUAGUGAGCGAACAAGCAGCAAGUGAUGGGGGUGGGGGUG